AUGUUUGGUGCGGUAGAAGCCAAUGGCGAUGCCGAAAACGGUCGACGGGGUCGCUCUGCCGACAGAGGCAUUCGUGACGGGAGAGAAGAGGAGCACACGCACGAAGAAGACGAAGAAGCCCAGGCCGACAGAGAUGUUGUAGAGCGCGCUCACGUCAAAAGGCACAAGAACACCAUUCGAGGCAUGUCUUCAUGUGCGGUUCAUCCUUGA